CGGGCCUCUCUCCACACAGCGCGCGACACACGGACGCUGUUAUGUCUUUACUCUCCAGACUCAGACCUGUGACCCGCAUUGUGUUUAGAGCCCGUCUCCUGGCAUCCAUGUCAAGUUCAAGCCCCCCACCACCUCCGGUGGAGGCUGCGGGUCCCGCGGCGUGUUUCCCCCUCGGAUACAAGCCCUUUAAACCCGAAGAACACGGUCUGGAUCGCGGCUUUCGUCUAACAGCCUUCUCGGAAAUGAAAGGAUGAGGGUGCAAGGUCCCACAGGAGGCUCUGCUCAAGCUCCUGUCGGGACUGGAUCCGGACCGAGCCGAUGGUUCGGUGAAGUCCGAGGAUCAAGCUGGGGAGUUGGGCCAACAUUUGUCCGGCCCGCGGCUCGGGAUCGGGAUGGACAGCUGCGUGAUUCCUCUCAGACAUGGAGGUCUGUCUCUGGUCCAAACCACAGAUUUCUUCUACCCUCUGGUAGAAGAUCCAUACAUGAUGGGCAGGAUCGCUUGUGCCAACGUCCUCAGUGACCUCUACGCCAUGGGAAUCACAGAGUGUGACAACAUGCUGAUGCUGCUGAGCGUCAGUCAGAAGAUGAAUGAGAAGGAUCGGGAGAGAGUGAUGCCGCUGAUGAUGAGGGGGUUUCGGGACGCAGCAGAGGAAGGAGGAACGUCGGUGACCGGAGGUCAGACGGUGGUUAACCCCUGGAUCAUCGUGGGAGGCGUGGCUUCUGUGGUCUGUCAGCCCAACGAGUUCAUCAUGCCUGACGGAGCGGUACCGGGAGAUGUUCUGGUUCUGACCAAACCUCUGGGGACUCAAGUGGCUGUGAACGCCCACCAGUGGCUCGAUCAGCCCGAAAAAUGGAACCGGAUCAAGCUGGUUGUCACCAAAGAAGAAGUCAAAGAGGCGUACCAGGAAGCCAUGUUCUCCAUGGCAACGCUGAACCGAACAGCGGCCCACCUGAUGCACAAGUACCAGGCCCACGCUGCCACGGAUGUGACGGGCUUCGGUUUGUUGGGUCACGCCAACAAUCUGGCAGCGCAGCAGAAACAUGAGGUGGCCUUCGUCAUCCACAACCUGCCAAUCAUCGCCAAGAUGAGCGCCAUCAGUAAAGCGGGCGGGAACCUGUUCAAGCUGCUGCAGGGCCGAUCAGCAGAGACCUCCGGUGGGCUGCUGGUGUGUCUACCGAGGGAACAGGCAGCAAAGUUCUGCUCAGAGAUGAAGAGCCUCAGUUCAGCAGCAGGAGGAACUUCUAACGGAGCGUGGAUCAUUGGAAUCGUGGAGAAAGGCGAGCGAUGCGCUCGGAUCAUCGAAAAGCCUCGGAUCAUUGAGGUGCCCCCCCGAGGGAGCCAGGCGGCUAACCAGGAAAUCAGUGCCAGCAGCCCAGACCCCAGCAGCACCUUGUCCUAGAGCCAGAACUCUUGUGACUGAUGUUCAGAUCAGUUUCAGACCCCUUUGUGAUGUCAUCAGUGGAGGAUGCCCUCACCUGUUUCCACCUUUUCUUUAAAUUCUUUAUUUAAACUUUCUGGGAUAUUUUGGAUGAAACGGAUCAUUGAUGCAUGAGUGAUGUGGAAAAUAACCGGCACCUGGCUCUGCCUGCGUCCACCUGGAAGGUUUGAGCAGCUUCCUGUGUGACCAGCAGGGUGGCGCCCAGGAGUUCUGCUUCUGACAGCUGAUUGGCCAUCCAGCACAAAGCCCCUCCCACUUUUCCUCUUUAAUGAAGCUCUGCUUUUCAACCCCCAAACCUGGGCUAGGUGGAGCUGAUGUUUGCCUCUGGAUUAGAGGUGGGGCUGACCGUGCUGGAGGUCACAGCUGUGUGUUUGUAGAUGUUCUUGUUUUCACAAUCAAUAAAAUCAACGACUGACUAAAAA